AUGACUCGACACGGUCCUAUGCCGGUUCACGACCGAGUCAACAAGAUCGGACGAAGGAUAAGGGCGGAUAAGAGUUUGAGCAGCAAGGACAGAGAUCGUAUCGCUCUCAAUCUGCAGCGCCUGCAAAAGCCAGGGGGAAACGAGGCUGACAGAACAAAGGCGAAAAUACUGCGCGAAAGCAUGCAAUAUAUGCUCAAAAGCAAUUGCCGCCACAGCAUACUGGCUUUCCUGGCCCUUGGAGGCGAGCCUUACAAGCUGAACAAAAGCACAAAGCAGAAGAAAGUCGGGCAGAUCCAAGUGUCGAACCUAAAACACACAUUUAAGGACCCAAUCCGUCUUGAUAGCAAAAGUAGGAAUUGGCACGGGCUUUUUGACCUUUACGUGGAGUCGAACAUGGCCUUGCUGGCAUCCAGUUGGGACACACACAUCCCUCGGCUGAUCCACAAUGGUGCCCAUGUAGUGUUUCAACAAAUAGAAACACUGACGCCACCCUAUGACUCUGUCAAAAAUGAAUUGGUGGCACCGGCCAGACGAAGAACCGGCAAUAAAAAUGUCAUCCCGAUGGCGGCGUUCCGGCUCGCGCCAGGAGUCGACCAUAGUGAAAAAUUAGACGUACGCGACGGCGGCGCCUGCGAGAUUGUUGAUGCGCUUUCCCACUGUUGCGAGGCGCCCGCGGCAGACAAACCUCGCACCGUUUUCGUGGAUGCUAUUUUGCCUGUUUCAGAUGUGCGAAUGCCAGAUUUCUUGUCCAACGAAUAUGUAUUUGGCGGCGUUUGCAAGCCUGACAUGACGCCACGGUUGGUGAUCGGUCCCUCAUUUGUACACAUCAAUAAUGGGACCCAUGUCCUUGCGCUGAUGGCCGCGGGGGUGUCUAAACUGUGGGGAAUCUGGCCGGGCAUUAAGAAAAAUGUGGAAACACUGUCGAAACUAAAGUGUAAAGCAAUUUUAGAGGCGCAGGCCAAACGCGCAAAAAACCCAGUUUUCGUCCUGCACAAAGCUGUUCAGGAGCUGCAAGACGGGAUAUGGUUUUUGACGAGGCCGAUGGACCUGUUGUACUUGCGCCCCGGCACGCUCCAUGUCGUCUAUACUCUCGCCGGCGGUAUCCUUGUCGGAUGCAAUUUUGUCUCGGCUGAUGACGUGCAGGCGACAGCUCGCGCAGUCGACAUGGGCUGGGCUGAAAAGGCCAUUUUGGGGAGUAUGCGGGACAAACAUAACGAGCUUGGUUAUUUCAUGCAAGCUCUGGAGUUGUGUUUCCAGCGCGAGUUGCAGGACAACGGCAGAACGCCGGUGUACAGGAUAGCCGCGGAGCAUGCUCGUGCAGCGCUCUGCUCCCGCGCGUACCAUUUGCAACGUGUCAUGGGAAUCCCUGAGUUUUCGAAAAGCAAUGCUGUACUACUGUGUAGCAACGAGGAUAACAGCACAGAGGGCAGGAUCCUUCGACAGAAGAGGGUGGUCUGCAAGAAAUGCGGGAAGCCAUGGGGAGAGCACCAGGAAAUCGUCUGA